ACCACACUACUGUUUUUACUCUCCCAAAUUGUAAAUUGCAAAUUGCAAAGAAAACUCUCUUUCUAUGAAUUCCUCUCAGAUUCUUCGCCAAUUCACUUGCAGAGAUUUGGGGUUUUGGAUCUGAGGGUUUUCUUGAGUUAGUCACGAAAAGAAAGGCAUUUCUUUGGCUCUCUCUUUGCACCCUCUUUGUGCUUUGUUUCCAGAUCGUUCUUGGAAGUUAACUUGUGAGCUUCUAAGUUCAUAUCCUCGUAGCUGAGAGGGACUAUCAUGUUGAUUAUCUGUCGUUUCCGAGAGUUUGGCUCUUCCUCUUCAGCUACUUAUGGCAUCGGGGCUUAAUUGUAGCCUUGUAGGUAAAUAUCUUGUUUGAAAGAGAACUUUAGGGUUUGGUUUUGGAAUUCGAUCGUGUUUUUCUAUGAAAUGUGUUUUGGAAGUUGAGAUUGAAGGCGUGAUUAGUACGUAGUUGAGUGUUGCGUUUGAUCAAUUACUCAUUUGGGGGUUUUCAAGGGAGCACUGGAUUUGAAAGGAUUAUAGUUUUUCACGGUUAAAAAUUGAAGCUUUGUUGGGGUAAAUUAAAGGAGAUAUCCAUGAGUUCACCUGGGUUUUUCCUUCUGUGUAUGCUGCAUUCUUUGGUGGCCUUAAGCUGUGGAGCUUUGAUGAUGUUCUAUAGCAAUGAUUUGCUUGUGUUUAGCCAUGGCAGAGAGCGUGCCAGCAAGCUGUUGGGAUCAACAUCUCAUGAUCAGCUCAUAAUCCAAACCUCCGAUUCGUUCUCGGGGUUACUCCUGUUUGCCAUUGGAUUUCUGUUGUUCAUGGUUGCAUUUGUGAAGGACAGGGACUUCCAUGGCUUCUUUGCCAGGGGGUGUGUGCUUCUCCAUGUAGCUAUGGCUGUUUGGAGAAUUUACUUUGAGAGGAGGCUCGAGGAUCUUGGCCGCGAUUGGCUGAGGCUCGUAGUUGGGGAUCUCGCCUUGGGACUGUCUUGGGUUUUCUUCCUUGUGUACUCUUGGAGAGAGAAGUAUGAUUAGUCCGGGCUGAGAAUCGCAAUUGGAUAUCCUAGAUUUUGCUGAAUCUUCAUUGCUCGAUGAAUUCGCCAGUACAUCUUGUUGCUAACUGUGCUUCUGAGGCUACAUUGUAAGUGACACUGCAUUGAAAUUGCUGGUGAAUUGGUGAAAUAUGAUAUGAUUGCUUGAUUUGGAUCCUUUUGUGUAUCUUCUCAGCCUUAAAGUUUUAGUUACAUGGAAGUGAAACAGGGUUUGGAGAACAGGUUAAAAACCCGAUUUAUCUGUCUUCUUUUGAGCAUAUUCAGGAAUUUCGGAUAUGAUUCAGCCAUGGAAAGCCUUCUUUUUCUGUCAUUCAGAAAGAACUUUGAAUUACAUUCCUGAACAAACGAAACAUGCUCGACUUGUUUUCUGGUUUUUAAGUGUAAAGUGUUUUCAUUCACCACCUGAUUGACUUUCUUGUACAUCUUAUCAAAGAAUAAAAGUUCCCGGUACCUUUUUGAUACAUUAAGUUAUAUGCUUUUUUUCUGCA